AUGGUUCGGCUCACAAUCAAUCGGAACAUGGACGAGCGACGAAUGUUUGCAGUUUGGGGUGUAGAAUCACCCUGGAAGUCCAAAACAAAGCGAUCAAUGGGAAAACGAAUGGGCGGAGGAAAAGCUGAAAUACAUCACUACGUGACACCAGUGAAAGCUGAUCGUAUUAUCAUGGAACUGGGUGGAUUCCUGGAUUGGCGUGAGGCGUAUCACUUGUUGCUUCCCGUGGCAGACAAAUUGCCGUUCGAUGCUCGAUUUGUCUCCAAAGAUCUGUUGGAAGCUGAACGUCGCAUGGAUGCCUAUGUUGCUGCGCAUAAUGUGAAUCCGUUCUCUGAUACGCAACAUGUAUUGUUCCAUAACUAUGCGGGUUGUCAUAGUUUCAUAAGCCCCUACCAUUUGGAAUGGGGUACCACAAAAUACCACUGA